CCAACGGUAUCAAGAGCAGGAUGAGUGCCGUCUCUCCAGCGUUUUGUAAAUGGAUUCCAAAGACAAGCGACCGCACCAUGUGACCAAAGUGAAGUGGACGGCAUGCUCCUUAUCUCUGAAGGAGAAAGGGAUGGCUGGGAGCAGUGGUGGCACCUUGGCUCUCCGGACAGAGCUGUAACAUGAAAACGGCCGUCCUUGCUGGCAACAGAGCUAAAGUGGAUAUAUUUCAGGUGUUGUACUUCAAGAGGUCAGUGCGUAGAGACAUGACAGAAUGGACGCUGCUCAAGCGGCUUCUGGACGCUGUGCACCAGCACUCCACCAUGAUCGGACGCCUCUGGCUCACGGUCAUGGUGAUUUUCCGCCUGCUAAUUGUGGCUGUGGCCACUGAGGACGUCUAUACGGAUGAGCAGGAGAUGUUUGUAUGCAACACCCUUCAACCGGGAUGUCCCAAUGUCUGCUACGAUGCCUUCGCCCCAAUCUCGCAGCCUCGGUUCUGGGUCUUCCAGAUCAUCACUGUGUCUACACCUUCACUUUGCUUCAUCAUCUACACCUGGCACAACUUGUCCAAGCAGCCAAAAGGCGAGCAGUCGAGGGAAGCAUACGAUCGCAGUUGCGACUCGGACAGUUGCUCUAUCAAGUCGCACAAACAUCUCGGACACAGUCUUGCUGAUGUCUUUGAGGGCAUUGCAUUGCAGGAAGCCAAGGCUCCGUCGAAAAGCUCCUCGGGUGUCCUUUCCAAGUACUACGUCUUCCAUGUGUGCUUUCGCACCGUUUUGGAGGUCGGUUUCGUAGUGGCUCAAUGGCUCCUCUUCGGAUUCCACGUUCCCGCUCACUUUGAGUGCACAGCGACGCCUUGCAUGCAGAAGGUUGACUGCUACGUCUCGCGUCCCACCGAGAAAACCAUCUUCCUGAUCUUUAUGUUUUGCGUUGGGAUCUUCUGCAUCUUUCUCAGCUUCCUAGAGCUCAAUCAUUUGGGCUGGAAGAUGAUUAAGAAGUCGGUGCUCAUCAAGGAUGGCUCCUGGAAGGGAUACGACGCUAUAAACCAAGACUCGCAGUCGAUAGCCUCACUAACCUUCAGAGACGUGACCAGCACUACUUCUUUACCUACCCUAGAUCUAGUCGUGGACCAUCAACCUGACUGGACCUGUGCUGGGAGCUGCUCAACGAAGAAAGACAAAGACACCUGCAGAGGAACACAAUCGCUCAAGGGUAAAUCGCAACCAAACAAAGGAAGAAAAUCAAAGCAGAAGAGCACUGAGGUUUGGAUAUAAACUCAAUUAUGGACAAGUCGAAGAGUCUUAAAAUUGAUUACGAUGCUAUUUUUGUUGGUAGGUUUUUUGAAGGCAGCUGCUACUCGUGUGUUUAGAUGAGUUUAAGAAAUAAAAUGC